CUCUGAUGGGACGGGGCUGCUGACCUGGCUGCGGGCGCAGAGUCGAUGGCGAAGUCGAGAAAGAGGCGUGGGUUGGGCAUGGCGAGCUAGGCAGCCGAGAGAUGGAGGGGAGGAGGCAGACACGCCACGCUUUAAACGCCUCCAAGUCCGCGACGCGCCCUCGCCCCGAUGCGCAAGUUCAACGCUGUCGUCCUCGGCGCCGGAGGCGUCGGCAAGUCUGCCCUCACCAUCCGCUUUGGCAAGAACGUCUUCAUCGACCAGUACAACCCCACCAUCGAAGGCAUGUCCCCCGCCCUCUCUCCCCGCCUGCUGACCGACCCCCUUCCAGAGGAGUACCGCUGCGAGCUCAUCGUCGACGGCCACAAAUGCGUCCUCGAGAUCCUCGACACACCCGGCACUGAGCAGUUCACCGCCCUCAACGAAAAGUACCUCAAGAACGCCCGCGGCUUCUUGCUCGUAUUCAGUCUCACACAAGAGUCCAGCCUCCGUGACAUCGACAGCAUCCGGCAACAAAUAUACCUCGCCAAGGGAACAGAAGAGGACGUUCCCAUUGUUGUCGUCGGCACGAAGCUCGACCUGAGCAACGAGCGCGAAGUCCCGCGCGCAACCAUCCACGAGCUUGCCCAGUCGUGGAAGCUCCCAUUCUACGAGACCUCCGCCAAACGCAACUGGCACGUCACCGACGUCUUCGAAGACCUCGUCCGCCAAAUGCGCAAGCGCUACCCGGACAAGCACCCAGUCCGGAGCAAGCUCAAGAAGGACCCGUGUAUUAUUAUGUGAACCCGUCCCAGCUGUCUCUCCUCCGCUCCCGUCGUCUCCGCCGUUUUCGGAUGCAUCCCACUCCUUUGGUUUCCGGUUUCCGGUCGCAGUCACGUCUCACCACCCAUCCGAUGU